GUUUCUUUAUCAUAAUAUCCAGGUACGCGCCACUGAUCGUGUUUUAGGCGUCUCAAAGCAAAUUGAGCUCGCGUUCUUUCACGGUGGUGUUGCGGAAGAAGGCCCUCAAGAUUGAGUACUGGCCACGACUAACGAAGGAAAAGGUGAAACUGCCGUUUGUCAAGACUGAUUUCAGCAAAUGGGCCGAUGAAGACGAGCAAGACGGCGCCCAAGCUUUGGAUGAGGAUUUCGGGGGUGAUAUGGGUGGCAUGGGCGGUAUGGGCGGCAUGGGUGGCAUGGGCGACAUGGGUGGAAUGGGCGGUAUGGGUGGCAUGGGAGGUAUGGGCGGCAUGGGUGGCAUGGGAGGUAUGGGUGGCAUGGGCGGUAUGGGAGGCAUGGGUGACAUGGGCGGCAUGGACUUCAGCAAGGUGGGUCACUUCUCACAACAUCUACAUCGUGUUGAUCAUAACAAUUAUUAGCUUAUGGCUUCCAUGGGCGGAGCUGCUGGUGCCGGCCCAUCAGGCGCAGAAGACGAGCCUGCUGACUCUGACUCAGAUGAUGAUGGCCCACCCCCUCUUGAGGAUGCUGAACCCAGUGCGUGACCGAUGGAGUAGCCCCUAAAAACGGAAAAAACUUGUACGCUGUAGAUGCGAUCCUGUUGAUUGUUAUUGCCAAUGAAUCUGCUUAUUCCACUAUCAUCCUUGCACAAUUCAGCAGUGUGUACGUGUACGCGAAAAGAACAUUGUGCACCAGACAUAUCUUACUUAGUGAUACUAGCAAUGUCAGUUCGAAGUCGAUAGAGCAAUCAAUGAGUUAUUCAUUUC